AUGAAUAGGUAAGACGACGGAAAUUUUCAACAACCUGGUAAUCUUCCUGGAUAAAAAUAAAGGCCAGAAGCUGAUAGCAACUACAUUAUUUAACAACAGAAGCAGUAGUAUUAUUUAUAGCAGCAAAUUAAAGGAUAAGAUCCGAGAAAGAUUGUUCAACCCGGUCCCUAUAGUCAACACCCAUCAUACUAUCCCCCAACUUAGAGACCUCCGGUAAUGCCCUAAGAUUACUAAAAUUAAAUGAUGAUGCAAUAACACCAACAGAUGACUAUGUAAUAGUAAUAAAUGAGCAAUCAAAAUUCUAACUAACUAAUUGGACCUAUAGAUAUUAAGGGAUUAACCCAGAAAAUAUCAACCAAGGAAGUUUUCGAUAACUAAGUUGAAAAGACUUUAGCUCAUUUAGCUGACGACUUUGUAAAGACUGUUGCAGAGUUUUCUUGUAAACUUGCAAAGCAUAGAGGAUCAGAGACUCUUGAAAAAGAGGACAUCAAGUUUGCUAUUGAGAAACUCUACAACAUUUCAAUCCCUAUCAAGCCUAAUUUGGAAAAGCAGAGUAAUUAGGCUUUAACUCAAUAGGUCACUGGAAGUAGUCAUAUGACUUCAAAUUACAAAAAUAAUAUCAUCCUAACGAAAAAAGCGAACGAACAGAGCGGUAACAUAUGA